GAUGAGAAAGUCGGCAAGUCUUGGAAUCAUUCACCUUCUUCUAUUGAUAAUUUCAUACUGGAGCCAGUUCUCAAAUGCUCAGUUGUGUCCCGGAAAUGGUUUGAUGGAUUGCGCUUGUAAUUUUAUAGAGGCCUGUGCGUGGAAUGAUAGAAAGAAAGCAUUUGAACACUUUAAAGGUUCCACUCCACUAAAGCGGUACCUUCCAAAUGGCUUAGAAGUAUUCGCCAAAGAUAAAACAAAGGUAGCUGAAAUUUGUGAACCUGGCUCAAUUGGUAUCUUUUAUGAUUGCGAAAAUCGCAUUCCCCUUGCCGCCACGAUUGUCGUGACUGCAGAACAGUACGAGAGUGGUUACAGAAGAGUGGGGCGUUUCAAGAGUAGCGAAAAUAUUGACCCACAUUUUCAACAAAAUAACGAUGACUACUUUAAAACUUCUCAGCAUAUUCCUUGCUAUAAAACAAUAGGAAGUACUCCACUGUUGACCGAAAAUGACUGGCAUUAUGAAUUAACCCAAAAUUAUAUACAACCUGGUACUCCAUGCAUAAAAUCAGUCAAGUCUCCCAUCGACAGGGGUCACCUCAUUGCUGCGCAUUAUGGUCUUGGACCUGAUAAAAAUAGAGUAGAAGAAACGUUUGUCUACACAAACGCGGUUCCACAAUUUGCAAAACUAAAUAGAGGGCAGUGGCAAAGAUUCGAAGGUAAAGUUAUUCUAUGGGCAAAUGAAAACUGUAGAAGAGCUCCAAUACAUAUCAUUGUUGGCAGUGUACCUUCAACAUUUGCAAAUAAUGUAAAACGAUUUUUUGGUAAACCAGGAUUUAGCGACUAUUUUAAUGAUGGUGAGGGCUAUAGAGUUAAUGUGCCUGCAUACAUUUGGACAGCAGCGUGUUGUUAUUCGCCAGGCUCUUUCACCAAAAGCACAUUUUAUGUUGCAGAUAACAGACCAGGUCAACGAUUAGGGGUGCCUAAAAAAUUUAGUGAGUUAUUUUCGCACGUUGGAGACAAUCCAAGUGGACCAGCAAAAGAUAUAAAGCUUUUUCCACAAUGGCCAGACUGUCACGAUGAUAUGGGAAAUGUCGAAAUAAUAUCUUAAUAUUAUGCUUUAACCAGUUUAUGAUAUUAAAUCAUAAAUGCAAUAAAUAAUUAGAUCUGCAAUAAGAUACUGCUAGAAGCAAUAAAAGCUAUUCCACAAUGCAUAAGUUAUAAAAAUAGGUUUCUAAAGAUGAUUUAAAUUUGUUAAGUUUCUACUAUUAAUUAAAGAUGCGUUUUAGUCAGUUCUGCGCAUUUGAGUCUCCAGUUUGUAAUACAAACAGAGAGUUUACUGACUAAUCCAGCUACCUGAUUGAUAAUUUAUUUUACUCGGGAAGCAUCACAUAUUUAUUAAUAAGUUAAUUACUAUCUGGGCCCUCUGUGGCCAGCCAUGCACUGUAGGUUUAGUAAUAAUAUUAAUAUAUAUUGUUUAUAUAUCUAUAGUUCCUAAACUAUGAACUUUGGUUUGAUAUCUGAAACUAUAUAUACAAGGACACAGGCGUAAUUAGAUAAUCACGAAUAAGUUGUUAUCUUUGUUAUCAUUAGGGCCAUUUAUACGAGCGAAAAUAAGCCGCGGCCUAAAUAAGCCGCGACUUAAUAAGUCGCGAACGAUUCGUAUAAACAGUCAAUUUGCAAUAAGCCGCGGCUAAAAUAAGCCCAGAGUUGAAAGCUAGGCCCAAAUAAGCCACGGCUUAUUGCAAAUUAAAUUGACUGUUUAUACGAGUUGUUCGCGACUUAUUUAAACCGCGGCUUAUUUAGGCCGCGACUUAUUUUCGCUCGUAUAAAUGGCCCUAUUGAGUCCAUUAACUUUGUCAGUAUUCUUAUUCUUUAUACAGUCCGCAGGUUCAAUUCACCUAACACUCGCUUGCAUGUAGUGACUUCAACGUUUAGAAAUGAAAACUCAAUAAUUAAGUCAUUGUCUUUUUAAGCGCCUUAGAUAUAUAAAACACAAAGGGAAUGUACAGUAUAUCCUGUUUCUUUUCCGCUAUCCACUUCUAUCCGCUACUGACUAUAACCGCAACCCGCGCUACUUUAUCCGCGCCAGUCCGCUCGGAUUGCAAGCGUAAACUUCGAAUAUAUUUAUUUCAAAAAAUAUUCAACUAAAGAAAUCUAGAAGACAAUCAAAGGUAUGCUAGCUAUUAGUCACAACGCCGGGCAUUUAAUUGCAUAUAAUAUGAAACGUUGCACAAUAUAUGCAUGGACAUAUGCAAAAAAAAAAUUACAUGUUGUAAAUGUUUUGCGACAAAUCUACAGUUUCAAUGUCUAGGUAAUUUAAUGUCGAUUAUAUCUUCCUUUGCAAUGAAGCUUAACGUAAUAUGUAUUUUGAUACGACUCAGUGAAAGUAUUACCCUGGAUUCCAGAGCCUUCGAAGUAAAUAAUAAAUUGAAAUGUCGCGAAGGUUCUGGUUCAACGGGGCGAUUCUUUGAUUAAACCGCGCCA